AUGGCGGCUCGAGGCCCGUCUGCGACUGUUCCUAUGAAGGAGCAGGUCGUGGACAACCUACCAAAGCGGUUCAAGGAGAUGAAGUUCGGUGUACAGUCGAUCCAAGAUGUUGUCAGCCAAGGCGUCCUGGAGGUUUCCCAGCGCACACUCUACGAUAUGGACAACAAUCGAGCCCCCGUCGCGAACGGCGCCCUCGACCCGCGACUCGGAAUAUCUAGCAAGAUCGGCAAAUGCUCGACAUGCAAUCUUCCUCUCCAAAACUGCGUCGGCCACUGGGGCCACGUCAGGCUCGCCCUUCCAGCUUUCCACAUAGGCUACCUCCGAUUUACCCAGACCAUCCUCCAGAACAUUUGCAAGGACUGCGGAAAGGUCCUCCUGACCGAAGACGAGCGACGGGAGUUCCUGAAGGAGUUGAGGCGACCGGGCAUCGAUAAUCUCAGGCGGACGAUGAUCUGCAAGAAAAUCAACGAACAGUGUAGGAAAUGUAAGGAGUGCCCGUUCUGUGGGGCCAUCAAUGGGCAGAUCCGCAAGCUGGGAGUGAUCAAGCUGGCACACGACAAGUUCGCGACCUACAACAAGUCCACGGCGCAAAAAAAGGUGGCACCGGAGAGCAAGCUCCAGUAUGACGCGUCUUUCAAGGAGGCCAAGAAGGUACUGAAUCUGUUCAAGCUGAUUGGCCCGACCGACUGCGAGCUGCUUGGGAUAGAUCCUGCCGAGGGAAGGCCAGAAAUGUUCUUGUGGCAGUUCAUCCCCGCGCCUCCGAUUUGUAUUCGACCAUCGGUGCAGCAGGAUAGUUCCAGUACCGAGGACGACCUUACUGCCAAACUUGCGGAAAUUGUCUACAUCAGUGGCCUUAUACGUGCAGCUCUCGACAAGGGACAACCAAUAACGACCAUCAUGGAACAGUGGGAGUACCUACAACUGCAGAUCGCCAUGUAUGUGAACAGUGAUGUGCCGGGUCUGGUGCAGCCCGGCUUCGGCAAGGCCGUCCGGGGCUUCUGUCAGCGUCUGAAGGGAAAGCAGGGUCGUUUCCGUGGAAACCUGUCUGGAAAGCGUGUCGACUUCUCCGGCCGAACCGUCAUUUCGCCGGAUCCCAAUCUAGGAAUCGAUCAAGUUGCUGUACCUCAACUUGUGGCCAAGAACAUGACAUACCCGGAACGUGUCAAUUCUACCAACAUCGAAAAAAUGAGAAUAGCUGUCAGAAACGGCACUAAGGAAUGGCCAGGAGCCAACGGCAUCAUCAAAAAGGAUGGCGGGUACAAGGUGAAUCUGAAGUUCGGAAACAGAGAACUGAUAGCAAAUGACCUUGCGGUGGGUGAUGUUGUGGAGCGCCACCUCGUUGAUGGAGACGUCGCCCUCUUCAACCGACAGCCAUCGCUACACAAGCUGAGUAUCAUGAGCCAUUUGGUAAAGGUCCGGCCUUGGAGGACAUUUCGGCUGAACGAGUGUGUGUGUACGCCAUACAACGCCGAUUUCGACGGAGAUGAGAUGAACCUGCACAUUCCUCAGACAGAAGAGGCCCGAGCUGAAGCCAUCACACUCAUGGGGGUCAAGCACAAUCUGGCCACGCCCAAGAACGGAGAGCCUAUCAUCGCAGCCACACAAGAUUUCAUCACAGCGGCAUAUCUUCUCAGCAGCAAAGACAGGUUCUUUGACCGAAAGAGUUUCACAUAUAUCUGCGAAAUGAUGCUGGAGGGCAGUGGUCACCUCGACCUUCCACCCCCUGCCAUCCUGAAGCCUACAGCCAUGUGGACCGGCAAACAGAUCUUCAACAUCCUUAUCCGGCCCAAUCUGCAGUCUCCAGUCAAGGUCAACCUGGAUGCCAAGUGCAGAGAAUAUAAGCCACGGCCCGGAAUGGCCCCUGACAUGUGUCCAAAUGACGGCUGGCUGGUAAUCCGAAACUCAGAAAUCAUGUGCGGAGUCAUGGACAAGUCGACUGUGGGAUCUGGAAAAAAGGACUCAAUUUUUUACGUGAUACUACGAGACUAUGGCCCGGACGCCGCGGCUGGUGCCAUGAACCGGCUUGCGAGGCUCUGUGCGAGAUCCUUGACAAAUCAAGGAUUCUCGAUCGGAGUCGGUGAUGUGUUCCCCAUCAACGGCCUGACCGAGUCCAAAGACAAGCUCGUUGAGGUUGCUUACAAGAAGUGCGACGAGCUGAUCGCCACGUACAAGGCUGGAAAGCUGGACAAGGCACCCGGUUGCGACAUGGAACAGACCCUAGAAAACUCGAUCUCAGGUAUUCUCAGUAAGGUCCGUCAAGAAGCUGGUCAACAAUGUGUGGACACACUGAGCCACAACAAUGCACCACUUACCAUGGCCAACUCGGGUUCAAAAGGUUCAGCCAUCAACGUCGCUCAGAUGGUUGCCUGUGUCGGACAACAAAUUAUCGGAGGUCAGCGUGUGCCGGAUGGUUUCCAAGACCGAAGUCUUCCUCACUUCCACAAGAAUGCUCGCCAACCCAACUCGAAGGGUUUCGUCCGGAACAGCUUCUAUACUGGUCUGGUCCCGUCCGAGUUCCUCUUCCACGCCAUUUCUGGAAGAGAGGGUCUGGUCGAUACGGCUGUCAAGACAGCCGAGACUGGUUACAUGUCGAGACGACUGAUGAAGUCGCUGGAAGAUUUGUCAACGGGCUACGAUGAGACGGUCCGUACAUCCAAUGGCGGAAUUGUUCAAUUCCAAUUUGGCGCGGAUAACCUCGAUCCCGUCGAUAUGGAAGCCUCCGGAAAGCCUGUUCACUUCGACCGCACAUGGACACAUGCUGAGACCCUGACGUGGGACAACACGGAGCCGACAUUGCUACCCCAUGAGAUCAUUGAAGUUUGCAAAUCAAUGUUGGAUGUUGAACGUGCCAAAUAUGUGAGGCGACGAAUGACGGACGGCAAGGUGCUCGCCUACGACGACGACAGCAACAUGUCGAUCGACGAGCAUGAGAGUGCCCGUAUCUUCCUCAGAGAUGUAGAAGGGUACGUGGCAGCUCGUGCGAAGAAGCUUUCAAGAGCGAGAGGAGAAGUUGGAUUAGACCCGGACGACGGCGACGCAAUGGAGAUCGACACGUCUGUUGAGGACGAAGUCAGUUUAGCACGUGUUGAACGUGUUGCCAAGGUUUCUCGGACUACAUUGCAGAAGUUUAUUCGACUCUGCCUGGACAAGUAUAAACAAGCGCAUGUGGAACCCGGACACGCGGUCGGGGCUGUCGGAGCCCACUCCAUUGGAGAGCCGGGUACGCAAAUGACGCUUAAGACGUUCCAUUUUGCUGGUGUCGCCGGUAUGAGUAUUACUCAGGGUGUGCCUCGUAUCAAAGAGAUUAUCAACGCAUCCAAGAACAUCAGCACGCCUGUCAUCACGUGUCCUCUGGAGAACAAGAAGCAGAUCGAGGUUGCCAAGGUCGUCAAGGCCCGUAUCGAGAAGACCUACGUGUCAGAUGUGAUCAAACACAUUGAGGACGAGUGGCUUUCUGACCGAGGCUUGAUCGUUCUCGAGGUCGAUAUGGACGUCCUUCAGGAUAUGCACUUGGGCAUUGGCCCAAGAGACAUCGCAGAGGCCAUCGUCAGGCACAAAAAGUUGAAGGUGCUACGAGAGGAUAUUAACGUUGGUCCGUCGUACAUCGAGAUCAGCGUGCGCAACACUUGGACAGAUCUCGCCGAGCAGAAGCGGUUGGCCAGGAACGGCAAGUCCAGCACCGUGAUCGAGAGUGCCUCAGAUCUCCUGCUGCGCGUCAACUACCUCCGCCGCAUGCUACCAACCGUGGCAAUCUCGGGUUACCCUGACGCCACCCGAGCCAUUAUCCAAACGUCGGAGAACCUCGAGCAUACCGUGCUGGUCGAAGGAUACGGGCUGCGUGCGUGCAUGACGACGGAGGGUGUUAUUGGCACCAAGACGCGAUCCAACAACGUGAUGGAGUGCCGCGACAUCCUCGGCAUCGAGGCAGCGCGGAGCACCAUCGCCAACGAAAUCGCAGAAGUCAUGGGCGACAUGGGCAUCGAUCCUCGGCACAUGCAGCUCCUCGCUGACGUGAUGACAUACAAGGGCGACGUCCUGGGUAUCACUCGGUUCGGCCUGCAGAAGAUGCGCGACUCGGUCCUGCAGCUCGCUUCGUUCGAGAAGACGGCCGACCACCUGUUCGAGGCGGCGGCGGCCAUGAAGACGGACAAGAUCGAGGGUGUGUCCGAGUCUAUCAUCAUGGGCCAGUCUAUGUCGAUCGGUACGGGGUCGUUCAACGUCGUCCGCCGGAUGGGCCUGCCGGACUGGUUCCUGGAGAAGAAGCCGACGCUGUUUGAGGACGCGUGGGGCCAGAACGUCAAGGCCAAGAGGGAGGCUCGAGUAGCGAGGGCGGCGGCAGGGCGGAAUGGGGAUGCGCUGCGGGCGAUGGCUGCUGCUGCAUAG